AUGUCCAACGAAUACUACCAGGACAAGGAGAAGGCUGUCGGGAUCGAGCCCCCGGAAGUGGAGGUCGCCCCCGACCAAGCCAUCGCAAAGCGUUUCGGCGCGUUUGGCCCCUUUCUUGAGAAGCUCUUCGCGAGUGGUGUAGAAGCCAGAGGGGUGGAGCGCGUACCGGAGGAUCAGAGGGAAACAAGGAAUGUGUGGAACAAUUUGCUGAUGUGGUGGUCCGUCAACACAGUGUUGACUACCAUCCCAAUUGGGGUGCUGGGAAAGUACGUAUUUACACUCACGUUCCAACACGCUGUGGCCACCAUCCUGUGCUUCGGUUUUCUGGGUGCCAAUGCCACUGCCUUUGUCGCCACUCUAGGGCCUCAAACGGGCUUGCGGACCAUGAUCAUUACGCGUUAUAGCUCCGGCUAUAUCGGCUGCACCCUCUACUCUAUUCUCAACAUCCUCACGCAGCUCGGGUUCGCAACUACGGCAGUGAUCCUAGGCGGACAAACGCUCGCAUCCAUCAAUAGUUCGCAUGGUAUUCCACUUGUAGCCGGCAUUAUUAUCAUCGGCGUGUGUUCCCUGAUACCAUGCUUCGUCGGCUACAAUAUGGUGCACGUCUACGAGAAAUAUGCCUGGAUAGUUACGUUUUUUAUCAUGUGCUGUCUUUAUGGCCUCGGCGCAAAAGCGGGAUUUGACAUAAGUGCUCAAAAAUCAGCAGAGGACACCGGCAGAGCACUCAGCGCAGAUAUUAUUAGUUUUGGAGGUAUCGUGUUUGGCUCUUUUGCUGGGUGGGCGCCCGUCGCAGCAGACUAUAAUGUGCGGCUCCCCGCUGACACUCCAGCGCUCCGUGUAUUCACCCUCACUAUGUUUGGGCUUUAUAUUCCUGUCUGCUUUACCUCUAUCCUUGGCGCUGCUUUGAUCACUAUCACGGACCCAGAAUAUGUCGCUGCCUUUGGCGCGGAUGGAUCAACUGGUCGUUUAAUCGCGCAGGUGUUGUCUCCUUGGGGAGGAGGAGGGAAAUUCUUACUGGUUUUGUUGGCCUUUAGCUGCAUUGCGAACAACAUCCCUAAUACCUAUUCUACAGCGCUGUCGAUUCAGGCUCUGGGGCGUCCGCUGGCCGUUGUGCCGCGCUUCAUUUGGGUCAUCUUUGCCUUCCUUGUCUACACCAUCGCGGGAGUUGCUGGCCGCGAGCACUUCUCAGAGAUCCUUAGUAACUUCUUGAGUAUCUUAAGUUACUGGACGGCAUUCUUCAUCGUUAUUAUGGCUGAAGAACACUUCAUCUUCCGAAGACCUGGCGGAAAGCUCAGAGGCUAUAACUUGGCAAAUUGGGACCAGCCAUCCAAACUUCCGCCAGGCUUUGCAGGCAUCCUGGCAGGAUGCUUUGGAGUUGUUGGUGCUAUCGUCGGUAUGGCGCAGGUCUGGUACACGGGACCGAUUGGUCAGAAGGCCGGUGCUACGUAUGGAGCUGACCUUGGCUUCGAACUUGCGGCGGCCUUCGCUGCGGUGACUUACCCUCCUUUGAGAUGGAUAGAGAUUAAGCUUACUGGAAGAUGA